GCUAACAAUUUUUUUUUGCAAGAGUCAUGUACUCAGUAUGUAUGUAUGUUAGCACAAGGUUCAGCAGUCAGCACUGGCACAAAGUCACACCGCUCAAGGGUACUAUACGCAUAUCGUGCCUCCUUCGACAUCACAAGUUGCAUUUCACGUUUCAAAAUUCUACCUCUACCGCAAUAGCAGUGUUCAACUUCGAAAUGGAUAUCAAUUUGCUUCCCACGGAGCUGCUCCAGGAGAUCAUGUCCUACCUGUGCUUCGAAACGCUGAAAGUGGCAUCGCUGGUUUGUCAUCGGUGGCACCAGGUCUCGGAAAGUUUCAUCAUUCGCAAUGGGCAGCUUCUUAUCACCGAGUCCGCUGCCAAUGAUUUGAACGUGAUUCGAAACUGUGUGCGGAACUACCGAGUUAUUUGGAUCGCCCGAAUGGAAGAAUGGUCGAAGCUGCAGACGGUUAUGGCGGAGUGCAUUCAAAGAUUUCCAAAUAUUAGGAAGCUGUAUUUGUCAGGCUGUCUACAGGAUUACCUCUAUCGGUUCUACAAUGCACAUCGAAACUGGGUGGAGCAGUGUGAAUCAUUUCAAGUAUCGUUGGAUGAUAGAUUCGCUGACCAUAUGAUUUGCGGACCGGAAGAUUUCGAGCUGACACUUCCAAACCUGAAAACCCUGAUGUGGUCGGAGUGUUUAUACGGAAAUGGACAGAAGGCGAUCACCAUAAAUGCUCCGAAGUUGGAGAGUAUCUACAUUAACGACAGCUUGGAUGCUUCUGCUGUGGUUCGAAUUCCAAACUGUGAUAACAUUAAGUUCAUCAGGUGUAUAUUCUACACGAAACAUUUCGACGAUACCUUUGUAGGAAACGUUUCCAACGUUGAAACAUUGAUGGUGGACGUUGUCUAUGCAAACUGUGAUAUCAGCUAUCUUGUCAGCAUGCUUCAGCUGCGGUACCUUAGACUAAGAUUUGGAAGUGCGACAAAUGCCCUCAAAGACGUGGAAUCGAUGCACCAAUGUCAUCAGCUUAAAGUUCUCAGCAUCACUAUCCAAGAUGCAAACUCCGAAAAGGGAGAACUAAAGCUGGACAGGGUGUUAAGAAAUUUCAACAAUUUGCAAACGCUUGACCUACGAGCAAUAGACUUGAAAGUAAACAGCUCAGUUCAAGCAACAAAAUUGGAAUUCCUCAAACUUAGAGACGUUACCUGUUCAAGCAGUGCCGUUUCACUGCACCUUCCAAGCCUGAAAGUGCUCUCGGUGUCUGUGAAUAUUUUAAGCAAACUACAGUUCAACGAAUGCAGUCACUUCGAAGAACUCUAUUUAGACUUGGAGUCUGCGCACUUGAAGCAGUCGCUUGUACAUACCGCAAUCCCAUUCAUUCUGAGUCACAAAAGUUUGAAAAAACUUGUCCUAUUCAGAAGCAACUAUCAAGCCAACAGAAUCGUAGACAGCGCCAAAUACGAAUGCAAGGAUCUUGGGCUGGAACAUUUGGAACUGUACUACCUCGAUAUAAGUAUUGACUUUUUCCGAAUGAUCUCGUACUGGAAAUCCCUAAGACGCCUCACCAUCGUUGCCUGUUCGAUCAACUGUCGGGCGAUACCUUAUUCCAUCGUUCACCUGCCCGGAGUGCAGUGGAUUACGCUAGACUGUGUAAAACCACGGGGCCCAUCGCGGAAGGAGUUUCCUCUGACGUUCGGAAGGGAUUGCGAACUGCAGUGCGUAUCGGUGUCGUCGGCGCUGCUGUACAGUACGCAGCACCAGCUGGACAGCCACCAUCGUCGGUUCGACCCGUUCGCUUGCGAUGAAAUUGAUCCAUUACAUUGACGAUAUGUGUGUACUGUUAUUGGUUAUUUUUGCUGUUAAUAAAUUAUCAUUUUUGACCCAAGA